UUCGCGUGUGUUUUGCGGCGCCACUUGUGGCUUAACAAUUAGGCGAUUUAUUAAUUCUGCUCGCGGCCUGCCAAGUAAAAAUUUCUGCAUUAUUUACCGGUUUUCAAUUUUAACCCCAAGUGUGUGAUGUAAAGUUCGUUUUUAACAAGUAACAUCUGUACUUUAGCACGUCUACAAACAAAGAAGCCUCUUUUCUCUGCAAAAUCUGAUAAGCGAUUAAAUCUGUGUUAAAAAGUAUUAACUAUGUCGGUUGGGAGAGGUAGAGGAAGAGGUUUUGCAGAAGUCCGAGAAACUACGUUGCGUAGACCUGGCCAAUCAUUUGCACCAAAAUUUAGUUCUUUAGUGAACUUAAUUGAAAAUCUCACAUUGGAUGAAACAAGUUCUAAAGUAGAUGACAUUGCUCAAGCAAUAAAUGAUUCCAUAAAAAAUAAUUCUUUGAAAGAAGUUAUUGAGGACCUUCACAAUCAAGCCCUUGAGGAUAGUGUAUUUGGAACCAAACUUGCUAUUGCUUGUAGUGAUACCAAAGUAUAUUCAAUUAAUGACUGUAACUUGAGGUUGAUAUUGCUGCAAACAUUGCAAAAAGAUUUUGAAGACAUGAUAUUUUUAACAGAACGAGGAGAAAUCAAGAAAAGAAGUGUGUUCCAGUUUCGCAAUGCUGUGACAUUGCUGGGAGAGGUAUACAUGAGAUUAAAAAUUAAUGGUAAACUCUUAGAUAUACUGGCAGGUCCUCUUUUGCAAUAUCUUGAAUUGCUUUUAGAGGCUUCAGAAGAGGAGGAUAUAGCACUUGUCAGUAGUAUGAUACUGAUGAAUGGUCAGAAAAUUUUUGAAACAUCUCCAUCUGAACUAGAAGAUUUUACAAUCCGAGCUCGUGGAGUCCUUAUAAAUCGUAACUUAAGUGCAAGAUCUCGAGGAGCAUUACUGUUUAUAAUUGAUCUUACCAGUGCACAUUUUGCACUCCCCGAAAAGUUGAAAGAAUUUUAUCAAAAUGAAAUCGAAAAUCUAAACAUAAAUAAUAUUAAUGGUAAGGGAAACGCAGAGUCUGACAAACCCAAAAAUAAGCCAAUCCAACCUACUGCUGAUAACAAUGUUGGCAAUGUCACAAGAACUCCAAAGCAAAGUAAGGUCCCAGGAUUUGGAGCACAUGAGAAGAGUACACCAAGUGCAGCUAAUGAAAGGCCUGUUAUGCCACGAGCUAUUCGUGGAGCUGGUGCAGUAGAUAGUGGCAAAGACAAAAAUGCUAAAAAAUCUCCUCGAGGAAAGAAAGAUAAACUAACAGAUGAACAAAUAUGGUCUUCAAAGCAAAAUACUGGUAGCAAAGUUUGGGGUCAUGACGAUCGUUUUGAUAAGGACUAUUGAAGUUUAAUGUUUGUUGUACCAGAAAAAUUUACAUAAUAAGUAAUAUUCUUAAACAAAUUAUCUACUGUGCAUAGGACAGAUAACUAGGAUAUUAGGAUACUAAAAGACAAAUUAUCACACUUGAAACAUUAAAAUUUUGUAAAGGUUGUAAGAUCAUUUUUUUAUCACUAAGUACAGUAUACUGACAUUUCUAAUUUUAAGAUUGAAUCACGUUUUUAUUUAUUUCAAUAUCUGAAAUGACUUUUAGAAGGUUUUUAACUUCUGUUUGUAUUUUUAACUUUGACAAUAUGCUAUAUAAAAUAAGAAUUUUGUAUGCAUUUUUGGUUAGUAUGCUGUAUUUUUUACCUUUAUGUAAGAUCAAAAUUGUCAAGCAACAAGAAUGCAAGAAAGGGCUGAUUUGUAAAUAAGUGGUAUAUAAUAUUAAAUAUUUUAUUGCACAAUUAAAAAGACUGUUAUUGCACUGUUGUGUGCAAUGACAUUUUGAUAGAAACAUGAACUGAACAUUGUUUUACAAAAAGUAUUUAUCAUACUUAAAUUAAUUUUUACACUUGAAUCAUGGACUUAUUUUUUUAAGUUUGAAUGUUAUUAAUAUUUACAGUAUUUAUGAAAUUAAUGUCGCUUGUAAUGCCAAUAUUGUGUUAAGGCGAUAUAUUUUAUUUUACAUCGACGUUGCGUAUUUUGUACUAGCCUUGAAUUGUGCAUAAAUUACAAAGGUGUAAAUCUUUCAAUGAUAAAAUAAAUUUUUUAUUUCAGCAA